CUCCGCGCACGCCGGAAGUGUUUCCUGCCGCCGGAAACGCGUCACGUGUGGGGAGAACGGAGAAGAACCCGGAAGCGCGGCGGGGCGAUGGGGUGCGAUGGCGGCACCAUCCCCAAGCGGCACGAGCUGGUCAAGGGGCCCCCCAAGGCCCAGAAGGUUGACAAAACUGCUGAAUUGGUGGCAAGGUGGUACUACUGCACUCUGAGUCAAGAAAAGCUUUGUCGACCGAUUGUAGCCUGUGAGCUAGGCAGGUUGUAUAACAAAGAUGCUGUCAUUGAGUUUUUAUUGGACAAGUCAGCUGAUAAAACACCUGUGGAAGCUGCAUCACAUAUCAAGAGCAUUAAGAACGUAACAGAACUAAACCUUGCAGAUAAUCCGGCUUGGAGUGGCGAUAAAGAAAGCAAGAAAGGUGACACAUAUGAUGACAUCCAGUCUGCACGCUUUAUAUGCCCUGUGGUGGGACUGGAAAUGAAUGGAAGGCAUAGGUUUUGCUUCUUGAGGAAGUGUGGCUGUGUGUUCUCGGAACGUGCUCUCAAAGAGAUUAAAACAGAAGUUUGUCACAAGUGUGGUGUUCCCUUUCAAGAGGAAGAUGUGAUUAUCCUUAAUGGUAAUAAAGAAGAUGUGGAAGUGUUGAAGAAAAGAAUGGAGGAUAGAAAGCUCAAAAGUAAAUUAGAAAAGAAAUCAAAGAAAUGUAAGUCAGCAGAAACAGCUUCUCAGCAAGAUACCACCGAAGAAGCUCCAGGUCCUUCAAAAGUCAAGAAUAGAAAAGAUUGUAUCAGUUCCAGUUCUGGGGAAAAGAGGCAGAUCAUCUUCACCAAAAGUUCAGGAGAUAAUGGAAGUUCAUCUGCCCCAGGAAAAGUCAAUAAGGCGGCUUCUACUACCACGAAGAGAUCCAUCGCAGACAGCGAGGAGAAAUCUGAGGCAUACAAAUCUAUUUUUACAUCACACAGCUCAGCAAAACGUUCAAAGGAAGAGUGUUCCAAUUGGGUUACUCACACAGCAUACUGUUUCUGAAACAAUGAUGAGCCUGAUCCUAAUGUUCAUUACUGCUUUCCUUCCCUAAGGCUUUUUCUGUACAACUCUAAUACAGAACAGUUGUUGUAAUCUGAUGUUAUCUGGAAUUACUCAGUUCGCAAGUAGUUUAUAAACUUAUGAAUAGCUAAUGAACUUGUGUUAGUUGCAACUUUUGUUAAAUAAGAAAUAGAUUACCAGAGUCCAUGUUGUAUCAGCAGACCUCAUUCUAAAAUGAUGGAUUAUUUACACAACUGGUUUUUUGUUCCCUCAGCUGGAUGCUGUCGUUCCCGGUCACAGUGUCUCAGUACUAGAAAUAAGGAUAAGAGGAUAUGCCUGCUGUCCUCGUCUGUUGAAAUCUGCUGCAAAUGUGUUUGAAUUUUUCAUUGUAUUGGUACAGAAAUUCAGCCUUUUGAGACUUUCUGACAGUAAAAGAAGCAAUAAUGCUUUCCUUUUGAAGUAUCAAUCUUUACUCUCAGUGGAACUGUUAUGUUUCUUAAGGGGCCUGUAGGCACUUUCAAGUACUAUACAUUUUGUUGGUGUAUAUGGAAGCAUUAUGUUUGUACAAAUGUUUGUACAAACAGCAAAGUAGCUGUGCAAUAUUCUUAUUGUACGUGUUGUAAUCUGCUUUUAAUAACAUACAUUCAUAGUUAAUCAUUAGAUAUAAAGGUGAGUCUGUAAUAAUGAGUUUUUGGUUUUCCAAAAAGGCUUGGGAGGUUUCUUAGUGGUGGUGUUUGUAAAGCUAGAAGUAUCAGUAUAUCUGCGCUCUGAUUCUUCUGUUAGAGGAUCAGAAUAGAGUGGAACAAAAGUGUGAGUUUUCUUACUCAUCUGCUGAAACAGUAAAGUUCUGUGUCAUCUGUGAGGAGGAAUUUGCCUUUCUGGGCUGAAUUAAAUUCAGCAGCUUGCUUGAAAAUAUGAAUAUUUAUACAGGGAGAGAGAAAAGCAUGCCUAGUAAAAGAAUAGAAAUGGACAGAUCUUAGCUGGAUUUUUAGGGAGAAAAUAAAUAUGGUAUGUGCCAUGCAAAUCAGAAACCCGUUGGUAGCCAAUGGAGGGAACCCUUCAAGGCUGAAGUUGCUCUCUGAGAACGUUUCUCUUUUACUUCAUGGGCAACAGAAAUGUGUGACUUUGAGAACAUCUGUAGUACACAUUAUUUUCUGACAAAAUUCUCCACCACAAAUGACUAUUUGACUGUUAACUGCUGGUUACAGGAAAAUACAGCAUUAUAGUACUUCACUGAGUUUUGCUUUUGUAUCUGUGCUUUUUAUUCCUGUGACUUUGAUAUAAAUAAAACUUGCUCUUGUCGUAUGACCAUAA